AUGUCCAAACAAAUCAAAGAACAUGCUCGCAUCAUCAAGGAGUGUAUCGCGAAACAAGAUUACAAGGAAGCACUCAGCGAGUUAAAGAAGGCUAUUAAAAUUGAUCCAACAAAUUUCAACAUGUUUCUUUAUGCUGGCUUUUGUUUAGGAAAGCUGUACGCUUCGGAACACUUGGACGAGCAAUUCGUGCAGGCUGAGCAAGCCUAUGAGAAAGCGAUUACCUUGCAAAAAGACAGUGAACAACCUCUGAUGGGUUUAUCCGAACUAUAUGAGCAAAAACAGCAAUAUCAGAAUGGUCAAGAUCAAGCCUUGAAAAAGAAACUUUUAGGUAUUUAUGAAAAAUUAAAUCAAUUAUUGAAGAGCAAGGAUGAAGACAAGUGGUACAAUAAUUUAUUGAAAUAUUAUAAAUUGUUUGGUCAAUAUGUGAGAAGUACCUCGGAAAGCGAUUUAGGUCAAUACAUUGGAAAAUUCGAAGCACUAGUUCAGGACAUGAUCACCUUGAAAGGAAAGAAGGAAUCUUCAUCGGAUCGAUUUUUAGGUUAUAACCACAUGCUUGAUUUACUAUUUAUUGAUCAAUACAAUGAAAAGAAGCAGAUUGACAUUUUGCUAGACAAGCAGAUUCAAGAACAAAUAGAUGAAUUGAAAGACAAGCAAAAGAAGAAACUUUUGAAAGAAAAGAAGAAGCUGAGUGAAAAAGAGCUCGAAAAAUUGUUGCCUUCUGAUCUUGAGUUAUUACCUCUUAACAAGAGAGAAGAACUUAAGUCGAGCUGGAAAGAUGAAACAUCUCAACAAUUCUUGUCUCAAAAUGUGGAAACCAACGUUGACAAGAGGCUUUAUGAGAUUUUAUCUUUUUGCAAAGAGAAGGAUAUUUAUUGUGAUUUUUAUAUAUUUGACAUGAUUAUCAAUAGAUCACAACAGAGGUUGAAACUUGUUGAGGACAAGACAAUAGUGACAAAAAUCAAACAAUCUCUUUCGUCAGUCUGCAAAGAGGCUUUGAAAAUGCACAAGAACUACUUUAAAGCAAUAGAACAGCUUUUCUUGAUCAAUGAAGAAGAUGACUAUCAAAUAUUUGAUGAAAAUUAUGCAGAAAAGCCUCUAACUAAACGAAUGUUAUACUUGUUCCCACACGAAGGAUUAUCCUACAUCAAGCUCUAUGAGUUAUUGGCCAAAGAAAAUGUAAAGAGCGACAAAAUAGAGGAUGAAUUAAUGGUAUUAUUGCAGAGAGGACUUGGCUUGAUUCCUUACUUCAUUCAAGGUUGGAUUCUUCAGACAGAACUCUAUUUACAAUUAGAAAAGUACAAAAACGCAUCUGAGAUUGCCAGAAAAGGGCUAGCUAUCAUUCAAGAGAGAGAAUUGACAACCAAGGCCUCACUCAAGAAGUUCACAAGCAAGCUGAAAGUGCUACAGGCCAUCUCUUUGCAAAAAGUUGGAUCUCUCAACGAAGCAGAACAAAUUUUCAAUGAAAUUCUAAUGGCUGACCCUAAUCAUUUGGAGUCUAUUAAAGGAAUUGCUGAUAUUGAAUAUCAAAGAGGCAAUCUAUCAAAAUCGAGAGAAUACUAUGUCAGAGCCAUUCAAAUUAACCCUCAAGAUAACUUAACUCUCUGUCAAACUGGGUGGUUCUGUUAUUUGGACAAGGACUUCGAGGCAGCAAUACGAUAUAUCAAAAAUGCCAUUGAAGUUAAUCCAAAUAAUUAUUUGUAUUACUUUAGAUUAGGAAAAGUUUACUGGGAUUGGAAUGAGAAAUUUAGAGCCGACAAGCAGUAUUGCUAUACUUACUUUUUACAAUCUGCAAAACUCAAUCCUACUUUCUCUAGUAAUUAUACCUUUUUAGGAUUAUAUUAUCAACAUAUCGAAAAAGACGAAGAUAGAUGUAUCAAAUGUUACAAGAAAGCCGUAACUCUCAAUCCAUUAGAGGAGGAAGCAGGAGUCAACCUUGGAGAUAUUUAUAUUGGGAAAGGACUUCUCACCCUUGCUGCAAGUUUGUUUAAAGAUGCGACCACAAGAAACAAUAGAGCUGGAUGGGCGUGGAGCAAGCUUGGGUUUUAUCAACAGUCACAAAACCUUUUGGAUCAAUCCAUUCUUUCGUUUCAACAUGCUCUUCGAGUAUCUCCACAAGAUGCUCUUUGUUGGGAAGGACUUGGAGAAAGUUAUAAGAGAGAAGGAAAAUAUUUAGCUGCUCUAAAGGCCUUUUCCAGAGCAAUUGAGAUCAACCCUACUUUAGUAUUUUCACUAGUACAAUCAGCGUAUAUUAAGUUCCAGUUGAGCGAGUUUGACAACAGUAGAGAAAUUUAUGAAAAAGUGAUUUCCAUCGAUGAGAAGUAUUCUGUUGCGUAUCAAGGCAUCUCAGAUGUACUUUUCAAAGUUGCAAAAACAUUAUAUGCUGAUGGUCUAUUUACACAAUGUGCUCAUCAGUUAAUCAAAGCACAAUGUGUUCUUAUAUAUGGUAUUAGUAAGGGAUUUGGUUCAAUCAUGAGAAGUUUAUGGAAGUCUCUAGGAGAUAUUCAAACAUUUAUGAACUUAUUGCCAGAAAAGAAUAUUAUCGAAGCUAUUUUGUCUUACAGAGAUACUUUUAAAGAUGAAGACAAGCUUUAUACUGAUCAUUUUAAUAGUAACUUGAAAACCAAAUUAGAUUACUUACAAGAGGCCUCUAAAUCUUAUGAAAAGUAUCUUUCCUUUGAUGAGAACGAUAGUGAUCCAUGGUAUGACCUGACAGUUUCGAAACUUAAUCAAAUAUUUAAUAUUAUUUCAUCUGGAAGAUUACAAAGCAUUGACGAUUUAACAGCUCAAGCUCUGGAACACAUUAAGAAGGCUCUCACUCUUAAUCCUACCAAUAGUAAUUAUUGGAAUUUGUUGGGAAUUUUGUCAGACAACCAUGUUGUAAGACAACAUUGUUUUAUUAGAGCGGUCCAAAUUGAUAACAAGAAUUAUGAUGCUUGGAAUAACUUGGGAGCUCUCUAUCUCACAAAAUCAAAUCUUAAACUCGCAAGAAAAGCUUUUUUGAAGGCACAGGCCAUUUAUCCAGAGAGCACCGUUGCUUGGGUGGGAUUAGCACUCAUCAAUGAAAAUGUUCCAAACAGAGAGGGUAUUUUCAGAGCGAAAGAAGAUUUUAAACAUGCAACCACCUUAGAGAACAUUGCUCCUUCUUAUAUUGGUCUUGCAUAUGCAUCACUUUUAACAAAUGAUCCUAUUGAAGCAGUUCAAUCUAUCAUGAAAUACUGUCAAUUCAGCUCAAACGAUUAUGCAGCAUGGAACAUAUUGGGCGUCGCGUUAGAGAUGCAACAACAUUUUGAUAAGUCCCUAGAGGCAUAUAACAAGUGUGAAGGAUUACUUCUUGAUCAUCAGAUUAAGACUAAAAGUACUGCUCAUGAUUCACAACAAAAAGGUUAUCUUGAGAACAGCCAAUCUGUGGCCUUCGAUGAAUCAAACCUUUAUUCCAUAGAAAAUAUGUUAUAUCUUGCAAGAAUUAACAAAGCACGAGUAUUAUGCAAACUUCAAAGAUUUAAUGAAGCCAGCUCCGUGUUCGAAUUAUGUAGGAAAUAUAGCUCUGAAGAUAUGGGCAUUGUCAUGGGAUCAGCUGUCACCAGUUGCUUUGCAUCUGAUUUUUCAUUUUCUAUCAAGAGUAUUAAUUCAGCCAUUGACAAUAUUCUCAAAAAGAUCAAAAGUGGUGAGCCACUCGAAAAACGACUCAUUGAGCUGUAUAAUUUGCUUGGACGGGUUUACUAUCAACAAAAGGAUCACAAAAAAGCCAAGGAAGUUUUCGAAAAAUGUAUUAAACAGUUUCCAGAUCACUUCGAGGCCUAUCAUAGCUUAGCCUCCCUGUGUGUCGUGAUGGAGCCUAAAAACCCUGAACCUGCACUAAAUGUGAUCAGAACAUUGAAAACAAGACAAGUCGGUGUGAAUUUAGAAACAGUCAAGUUAGAAAGCAUCAUUUAUGCAAGUUAUGGAGAAUAUGAGAAAGCAAGAAACUCCAUUUGCAGAGUUAUUUAUUUGCAUCCAUAUGAGCCUAAAUUAUGGGAUCUGUUGUCUCAAAUUACUCUUGAAUAUCAAUUCGUUGCAUCCUCGUUGGACCAAAAGAAAAAGACAAAGAAGAGCAAAUCAAAAUUUGAAGUUAGUGAAAUUCCAACUUCAUCCACAAAUUCAGGAGCUAUUUCACAACUAACGACCCAACUUAUGGAGAAUUCUAUUUCCAGAUUAACUACAGAAUUAUUUCCUGAGGAUAAGCUUGCUGUUAUUGAUAGAUUGAUUAACAUUGCAUCCAUGUACUAUGCCAUGGGAUCUGCUCCAUACUAUCACAAUGCUUUGGUUACACUCAAACAUGCUCUAUCAAUGACUCAAAAAGCAAUGAUGUUAGAUCCAAGUAAUCCAAAAAUAUUAAGAUUACUUGCUUCAUGCACACAUACCAUGUCUAUUCUCAAGAAAGAAAAAUCUAUUAAUAAGGUAGCAAUCUCUCUCUUACGAGGUUAUUUAAAUAUAUAUGAAAAUGCAAGUAGCGGUGACUCUGAAAUUGCAAUACAUGUAGCAUCUUUAGAACAACUUAUUCAAAAUGGAGAAUACACCAAGUGUAUGGGUGAAAUGAAAAAGUUGAUGGAACGAUUCAAAGACGUCUCGGCCAAGGUUGAAGCAACAUUAUUUUCACUACUUGGAAAGUGUAUUCUUGCGAAAGGAGAGAGUAUGGAUAAGGUCAUGAAAUUAUUCUCUAAUGCAAUCAAAAAAGAUCCAUCAAAUUUAUAUGGAUGGUUCACCCUUUCUGAGCUUUUUAUGAAUCAACGCAAGUACAAUAUGGCCAAGUAUUGCCUUGAUUGUUGCUCGGUGAUUUCAAAACAGACCAAUGAUUUGAAUAAUCAUUUUGUAGCUAAUGCUAAAUUGUGUUAUAUUUGCUUGAUGAUGUGCAUUUCAGACACCAAGAAAGAUAACACUGCUAUUGCAAAGAGUGGAAUUGAAUAUGCAAAGAAUGCAAUCAAUAUUAACAACGAAUCAGCGCCACUCUAUCUCAUGUAUGGCAAAUUGCAAUAUAUUCUUGGAAAUUUAGAGGAAGCAGGAAACGCAUUCCAACUCGCCAUGAAGCUUGAACCUGACCAACCAUUAUCACGUUUGAACAUGUACUGGGUGUAUUAUGCAAAAGAGGAUUGGGGACCAGCUGAAGAAGUGUUAUUUGCAGAAAAACAAUUCAUGCCAACGGAAUCUGAACUCUUUUUCACAUUAUCAUCCUUUGCGUUUGAGAGUGGUAUUCCUGAUGCUGCAUUGAAGAUGAUUCAAAAAGCCAUUCGAUUGGAUCCAUCUAAUACAAAAUUUUGGGAUUAUUUGCAUCAAAUUCAAGAGAGUCUCAAACCAAAAGAACCUCCCAAACAGCAGUCUGGUAAAAAGAAGUAA